AUGGAGAGCGACCAGGUGUCGAAGCUGGCGGAAGAAGUCCAAUCCCUGAGACGCCAUGUGGACGACGGAGAGCCCCAGGUGGCGAAUCUCAUGGAGGAACUCCAAUCCUUGCGCCAGCACCUGGAUGAAGGAGAACCGGCACAGAAGGUGGAGAGCCUCGCAGAGACCCUGAAGCAGCUCCAAGAGAGUCACCACGACUUGCAUCAAAAGGUGGAGAACGUCGGGACCAGAGAAGCUGAGGUCUCCGACUUGAAGAAGCAGGUGCAGAGCCUAGGCGACACGGUGACUCGCACCGUCGAAGCGGUCAGCGCGCGCAACGAGAGCCUCAGCGAGGUGCCAAAGCUCAAAGAGGCCUUGGAGUCUUUGAAGCGACGACAAGAGGAGUUCAACUUGCAGAUCGAGGCGACGCAGCGGAAGCAGCUCAACGCCAUUCGCGAGGACAUGCGUGUGGUCCAAGCAAGCCAAGAGGCCGCGGCCAAGCGGCAAGCGCAGAUCAAGGAGGGAACCCAGUCCCUGGAGAAGGAGCAGUUGCAGUUGGCCUCGAAGCUUCGACAAUUGGAAAACGGAAGGUUGAAGCAGCUUGGGCAAGACAUGCAGGUGGUGAAGGAGGCGAUUCUUCACGUGCAGCAGGAGUUGAAGAAAGAGGUGGUGAUCCCGGAACACAUCUUGAAAGACCUGGACGACAAGAACGAAGCACGCCUCGAGGCGAUUUGGAAGGAGCUCCAUAGCCACGCAGAGGCUGCAGCGACCCGGGCAGAUCGCAUCGAGCAGAGCUUGACGCAACGUGUGGUCCACUUGGAGUCGGCGACCACCAGGCUCGUGAAAGCCGAGGAACACACGCGAAGCUUGGAGCAAGACAUGCAGAAGCAGUCGGAGUGGUUUGCCUGGCGGAUCGCCUGGUUGGAGUGGGCGACCACCGGCGAGAAGCGAUCCUUUGCUCGCGCCUUGCUUCCACCGCCCUCGACCCCUGCAGCGACCUGUUUCAAGCAGCCUCUGACGGAGGACUCCGAGCUUUGGGCCCAAGAGAAAGCCGGACCGCGCCGCUUGAGACGUGCACCAUUGCACAACAUGCCCAACGCGGGCACGGCGAACGGGUCAGCCUUGUCGGGCUCGUCCUCUGCGCCAGUCUGGGUGGCCCAGUGGGCCAGGGAACACGCCUCCCGGACCUGCGAUAAAGGUCGGACCCUCGAUCAUCCGCACGGCUUCGCCAAGUGA